AUGUCGAAAACAAUAAAGUCUAAUGAGAUUCUUCCUAUUGUACACGCCGAAGCUCCCGCCGAAGAACCUGAAAUUCAAGGGGAAGAAGCUGCUCCAGAACCCGAAGAACCGGAGGAUGUAAAACCUAAAAUAGAAGCAGAAUGUGGCGAGACACCAAAAUGUAAAUCGCUCAGAGCACAUUUAGACGAAUGCACUCAUCGUGUGGAAUCAGGGGAAACUGAAGAAAAUUGUAACGAAGAAUUAUAUCAUUUUAUGCAUUGUGUAGACCAUUGUGCUGCACCUAAAAUAUUUGCGCACUUGAAAUAA